UCAAACAUGGCUCUCGUCAUAUUAUCUGAAAAUGUACACGUUGUACAGACAUUAACUCGACAUACAAGUGAUGUAACAUGCUGUGAUUUUGCACCAAAUUUUACACUAAUUACCGGAUCAAGCGAUAAGACAGUUAGAGUGUGGAAAUGGGUUCCACAGUCUGGUUACGAGGAGAAUUCAUAUUCUCCUCUAAGAGGCCACAAGUACGGCGUAACCUGUGUGAGAGUUUCCCCUCAAGGUUCCAUGCUGGUUUCGACCUCUAUCGAUGGUACUGCGGUUUUAUGGAAUUUACAUGCCGGUACCAAGAUUCACACGAUGGUUCAAAUGAAUGGAGAUGCAAUAAGGGUCUGUAGAUUCGCGCCUGAUAGCUCUGUACUUGUGACCGCUGGUGAUAAUGGUGCUAUUUGCAUUUGGGACUUAGUACAUCGAAGUUUAACAAGAACAAUUUUUCAUCACGAAGGAACAACGCAAGCGUUAGCCUUUACCCCCGAUAGCCAGUAUUUAAUAAGUGCCUGUUCUUUAGAAGUAAUAAGCGUUUGGAGUAUGCAGGAUAUUCUUGAAACGGCUGGCGAAGAUUCGUGUUCAUCCUUGGCUGUGAUUGACAAUGCUCAUGACUUAGGAAUUCUUUGCAUGGAUAUCUCACCUGUGAUUUUAAACAAUGAAGAAGACCCUCUAGUUAAGCAGUACACAUUAGCCACAAGCGGCAAUAGUCACGAUAUUAAAAUGUGGACAGUAUUGACACGUGUCAAGCCAAAGUACUGCUCCUCACAAAAUCUGGUUUCCGUCGAGAAUACCAACUCACUAAUUGGACAUAAAUCUGCUGUCACUUGCAUAAAGUAUCACUCCACCGGAGCGUACCUUAUUUCGUGUGGCCUUGAUAAGUACAUCAAAAUUUGGGAUCACAACGGAGGAUGUAUCACCACAAUGAAAACUCACACUCGAUAUGUCAACUGUGUGUCGUUCUCAAGGGACGGUGGACUAGCCGUUUCGGGAUCAAACGACAAAACUGUCAUAGUUUGGGGAUUGACGGAAGACAUCUCUGUCGAUUCCAAACUGGUUAAGCCCUUUGCGCUUUUGGCGAACGCGCUUAAUAAUCUACAAGAAAUGCAAGUCGUCAAAAACGCGGAAAGUUCCGAGACGUUCGAGUUGGUGGAAAAAAUAGACGACAUUUUCGAAAGUGCCAUUAACUCUUGUCAUUUUUAUGGCAAUCACCUACUGGCCGUCGGAUCGAGUGAUAAGCUAGUUAAACUGUUUAAAGUUGAUGAAAAUAACGCCAUAGAAGAGACGGAUUCUUCGCCAUUAGACGGACAUAGUUAUUCGGUGAAUCAUGUCGAGUUUUCAAAGGACGGAAGCCGUCUGGCGACUUGUUCCUUGGACGGUUGUACCAUCAUAUGGGAUCCAAAUACAGGUGAAAAAACGAUGGAACUCGUAGAAAGCAGUCUGGCGAUUAGAAAUUGCAGAUUCUCCCCAGACGGAAAGCACUUAAUCACGUCGGGAGAUGACGAAAACGCGAAUACGUGGGAUCUUGAAACGGGAGAAUUAAUUGCAACCUUUGAGGGGCAUUCAGACGCGGUCACGUCCGGAUGUUUUUCACCGGAUGGAAAAAUUAUGGCGACCACUUGCCAUAAUUCGGAUUUUCGCUUGUGGACUGUCGAGGCGGUCAAUAUUCACAUUCAAGACGACGCACACGAUUUGGGUAUACAAAAUUCGGAUUUUUCGGAGAAUUUGGAGCCGAUUCCUCUUCUCACAAUGAAUAAUAAGCAGCAUUAUCUAUUGGCCACAUGCGGCAAUGACAGUUUGGUGAAACUGUGGAGAAUUUGCAUACCGAAGGAGGAUGACGAAUAUGCGUUUUCAAAUGUAGAAGUGAAGCUGUGGCGUACCCUGCAAGGGCACGGAGGAAGUGUUACGUGUGUUCGAUUAUCACCGGAAUCUGGAGAAAUCGCUUGUUCAACAGCGACAGACAGGCAGGCGCGGCUGUGGUCGGUGUACAGUGCAGAAUGCCUACAUGUCUUAGAUCACGAUUCUAUCGUUACUUCAUGCUCCUUCACGUAUGACACUUCUCUACUCGCCAUCGGUUGCUUAGAUAAAACUCUAUGGAUCUGGAAGUUACCUCAACAAUUAGUGGUGCGAUCGAUGUUGCUCAAUAAAGUAACGGCGUACAGACGAAAGCUUAUAGUCAAUUGGAGUACCGAAGACGUCCUCAAAUGGUUGCAUGAAAUCGAGUUUACCAGCAUAGUACCAAAUGUCAUCAACCUCGCUUUGAAUGGGCAGAAAAUUUUGACGCUUGAAGUGGAACAAAUUUGUUCCGGAAUGGGUUUAGAUGACGAACAAGAAGAGAGGUUCGCCAAGGAACUCAAGUGGCUAAAACUGGACGAGUUACAGCACCCCAACGUUUCGGACAAUCAGCCGGGUGAGGUUCCCCCCGAAUAUCUGUGCCCAAUUACCCAAGAGAUAAUGCGAGAGCCUGUACGAUGUAGCGACGGUUUCGUAUAUGAAAAACAAGCUAUAAACGAAUGGUUUAUGUCGGGCAAAUUUACUAGUCCCAUGACGAACGAAACGUUGACCGAUAUAAACUUUACCAUGGAUCAGGAGAUGAGAAAUGCCAUUCAUAACUUUCUGUAUCAGGAUAUGUAAGUCUCUAUUCUAAAUAUUUCAAUUCAUAUCGGUGACGGGAGCAGGCUCACAAAUGAGUGAGAUACAAAAGUCUGCCUCAUUUUCUAACUAUUUUAGUGUUCUGUAUUAGUGCCUUUGUUAUUAUAUACUUAGUAGAUGUUUUAGACAUAUACACAUAUUGUAGGACGUGCAUCAAGUCAAAAUCUAUUUCUUGAAAAUCAAAAAUACACCUUUGAUAACAGUUCACAUUCCUAAUGUAAAUUAUAAUUAUGAGGCUUAUAGCCUAAAAUGUAGGAAUAGCUGAGGUCAUAGCUUUUCAAACGUUCGACAAAAAAAAAACUUUAAUACUAUGUGAGCGCUAUGAACUUGGCGUAUGUCUGUUUAUAGCUUGAAACUACACACUGUGAUACUAUUUUGAAAUUUUUAAUUUUCUUUCACAAAGUUUAUCUCAGGUUAUAGUAAGCAAAUGUUAAUAUUAGCAUGCCGGAAAAAGUAAGUCUGUCGCACAUGGUUAAAAUUCACUCUGUUAACUCUAGGAAAGUUUAAAUUUAUAUACUUACAUUUUGUAGAAAUAGAGCGACAAUGUAUUUGAUAUUAUAAAUUGCGAGAGUAAUUUAGUCAGAUUAGAGACAUGGAAUUAGUAAUGGUCGAUGCACCUUUGCAUAUUUGCAGUUUCUGUUAGUAAAUUUUGAAUUUGAAAAUGCUUUAAUUGUCACAUUUUCAUUUACUAUUUUUGCUCAGUGCACAAUAAGCCUUGGUAAAUAAUCGCCGUUGUCAGUUACUGUUAAUUUCAUUCGAAUAUGAGACACAUUUGCAAAAUGUAGAAAGCGCAAUAACACCUUCAUGUCUAAUAAGAGAACACCAAAUACAUGUUCAAUUUACAUUUUUAAUUGUAUUGAACCUCUUUUCUAUGUUUGUAUACAAUAAUGUAAAUUUUAGAAAAUAAACUUUCUAGCACCUUCAAAA